CUCACACUCAACCAUUUUGGACAAGAUUUUAUAUAAUGUAAGUGUACAAACAUACCUAGGUAUGCGCUUGAUCACUGAAAGUUUUUUUCCUCUUAUGGGAUCGCUAAAAAAAAACUUUCAAGCAUUAAUUCCCUACAUAAAUUGUCAUCAACAGCGAAUGUGACAAUGACAAUCGAAGCAAAAAUGCUACAAUACGUGAGGGAGUGUAUUCUUUUUUUUGUAGUUCUUGAAUACAUGUCUAAAAGUUUAUUCAGUAAACAUCAAAAUACCGUCCACGAGUUUGCUUACUGUCCAUACAUCAGUUGAAUCGCUUAAUCAGAACAUGCUCAGCACGCGUAUAAAUUAAUUUAUACGGUAACAAUAUCCGCCUACUUGGGAAGGUAUUCGCAUAUGUUUUUGCAUAAUUAACUAUACAUCGAGCAACUUUUUUUUGAAAAAAAGACCAAUUACUUCGAACAACUCAAUCAGUUGGCUAAAGUGGGAAAACUAAAUUCAGGAGUUAAAUUAAUCAAAUGUGCAAAGAACUACUUCAGUCCGACUGAUGUGAGCAUUAAAUUGUCGGAUUUGCAGUUGAAUUUACAGAGGCCCAUCAUUCGCUCAGAGUACGAAACUGUGUUCAAUUUGCAUUCAUUAUUAAGAAACAUUGUCAUUAUGAACGAGGCUGGCGCAGAUCGCGCAGCUAGCAGCUACUAGUUGGAGCCAGGACUCUCAUUGGAUAUUCCAGCAGGAGGAUCGAGGAUGAAGAUGGCAUUGCUAUAGAAUCUUCCUCUUUGAAUAAUACGGAUUACAAAUUAAUGGAGCUGACAAAUGAAGAAAAAAACGUGUUUGGGCAUUUUGUUAGCUGAGGAAAUCUAUGGCGGAAAGUAAUAAAUUAAUUAAAUGUUUGUGCAAAAUAUUGAAUUUCAAAUCAGAAGUCGGAAUCCUACAUUCAACUUUAUACCUGCACCCUGCGCGAAUACAGUGGCUAAAUUGAGUGUGGCGAACAUGGCGAAAAUGUUGCUCUUGAAUCAUGCAUUGUAAAGUAAAGCAUUCAUUAAAACAAAACACGUUUUCACUAGUUCGACUGUCUACAGAAACAAGGCACCGAACAUUGACUGGUAUAUUAUUUAGGAGAGCAUUCGGUUUUCAAUCGGGAGGUCGAUGAUGCAUUAACCACAUGGUGGUGACAUCUCAGUAUAUUGGAAUUUAAAAAGCUGUGACCUUGAACAAUACGAAGGUUAGUCCUUUUUUAUGUGUACUGCCCAUUAUUAUGGGCAUAUUGGAGGAAGUCAAACUGGAAGACUUAGCAAAAGAACCCAAACUAGCUCAUCAGGAAAACAAUCCUGACAAUGCGACAACGUUUUUGUCAACUUCAGCAAGCGGUGGCACGAAUAGUCCAAUUUCUGAUGUUAAUAGUGACACUGAAAUUGAUGAGUACGCACCAAAACGAAAACAACGUCGUUAUCGAACUACAUUUACAAGUUUUCAAUUGGAAGAACUGGAAAAAUCGUUUUCGAGAACUCAUUAUCCUGACGUAUUUACAAGGGAAGAGCUAGCAAUGAAAAUAGGAUUAACUGAAGCAAGGAUUCAGGUAUGGUUCCAAAAUCGCAGAGCCAAAUGGCGUAAACAAGAAAAAGUUGGACCUCAAUCACAUCCUUACAAUCCAUACAUUCAAAGUGCACCAAAUCAAAUGCAAACAAUAGUUGGAUCUGCAUUACCUCCAAGUCAUUUUGCUCAUUUAGGAUUUAAUUUACGAAAACCUUUUGAAACGUCUUCGAAUCUUGUCACACUCAGAUACCCACACUUAUCGGGUGGACCGAUGAUUCCGUCAGGAUAUUUAAAUCAAUUUCAUAGGGCACCACCACAAAUAAUGCCACACAGUAUGACUUCCAUGUAUUCUCCAUCGACUUCGUUUCAAUCUCUUUUAGCCAAUAUGUCAGCAAUGCCUCGUCCUCCAUCUUCUCUAAAACAAGUCAAUCCUGAAGUUUUAUCGUGCAACCCGAUAGACUCGCCUUCAAUUUCACCAAACGCUAUUCCUAAUACUAUCAAUUCUGGACUUUCAACUCGAAAACCCACUCCACCAGAAGACAGACGAAGUUCUUCCAUAGCUGAGUUGCGCUUAAAAGCUCGGGAACAUGAAAUGAAGUUGGAAAUGCUACGACAGAAUGAAGAUGGUGAUGUUAUCAGCUAG